GAAGUAGAGGGGGUAGAGGAGGUGAGAGGUAGAGGAGGUGAGAGGUAGAGGAGGCCGCCGUCGCGUCGUCCUGACAGCUUCUUCCCCCUCACGUCGGGGACGCGGGACGAGCGGCUCCAGUCGUGACGACACGAGCCAGAAUGGAAGAGGAGGGGGGGCACCCCCUCGGCUCCUCGGGCAUCCACGGCUGGAGUGACCCCAGCUCGGGCGAGGAGGUCGCUGCGGGCGAGCGGCCACGGGGAGACGAUGCGGGAGACUCGUCGGGGACCCUGGUGGGAGACGAGGUCGCCUCUGACGAGGCGGAGCUCACCGCCGUCGGCAGCAACUCGGACGGGCCCGGGACGGGCGGCCACGCGGGUCGCGGGGGGCCAGGAGGGCCCCGCACCCCCCCGGGUUGGCCCCCCUCUGGGAGUCAAACGAGAGAUGAGGUGGCGCGCGGAGGUGACCCGGGGGGCCCAGCGGGGCCGGAGGGCGGCCUCGGCCAGGAGGUGCACGACAUGAAGGCGGAGCUGGAGCAGCGCGUGGAGCAGCUGGCGGCGAGGGCGGCGCGGGUGGAGAGUUUCGUGGCGGAGCUGGAGGACAUCUUCAUCCGAGUGGAGGACUCGUACUCGGGGCUGCAGGCGGGCGCCGACUCGCGCCUCGCGGGACUCAUGGAGUCUCUGCUGGACCGCUACUCGGGGCUGGCGCGGCUCCUGGAGGAGGAGCGCCGCCUCAAGACGGAGCGCCUCUACGUGCAGCUGCUGCAGUGCGGCCGCGGCCUCGCCGCCUCGCGGGACCUCGCCGCCGCCGCGAGGCGCGCGGCGAGGCUCCGCGACCGGGUCCCCUUCCUGCUCUCGGCAGAGGCGAUAAAUGACAGGAUCGUGGAGGCGGUGGGCUCGUUCCUGGGCGUGAGCCCGCAGCCCCGCACCUCGGCCGAUCUCCUCGAGUUCCGCCUCGAGUUCUCCCGCGAGCGGCGCGCGCUGCGGGCUCUCACCUGCACGGCGGCGCCCUCCGCCCCCCGCCUGGGCCCCCAAGAGGAGGGCGGGGCCACGAGUCGCAGCUUCACGGUGCGGUGGGGGGUGGGGGCGCGAGACGUCAUCACCCACUUCACACUCACCUGGCGGGGGGCAUGGCCGGACUCCACAGAGCGGAGCGUGGGGGUGCGCGGCGCGUGCUGCAGCUGCGUCGUGACGGGGCUCGAGGCCAACUCGGCGCACGUGGUCCACGUGGUGGCCCACGGGCCGCACGGGGCCAGCGCCGCGAGCGAGGCGCACGUCUACCACACAGUCCCCGAGGCCCCCGAGUUCGUGGAGCGGGACUGUGCGUGGUGCCCGGAUGGCGCCGCGCUCCGCUGGAAGUCUCGCGGCGUGGGAUCCGUCUCCUCGUUCUCGCUCGAGUUCACGCGGCUCCACGCAGACCCCGAGGGCGGCGAUGGCGAAGAGGGCAGCGGCCUCAGGACCAUCUCGGGCAUCCAGGGCUGCUCGCGGCUCGUCUCGCUGCGUCCCGCACAGCGCUACCGCUUCCUCGUGCGUGCGCUCAACGCCGCGGGGCCCAGUGACACCGGCCGCGCGCUCAUCAUAGAGACGCAAGGUGCGCACUUCACCCUUGACCCCGAGACCGCGCACCCGAGGCUUCGGGUGUCUGAGGACGGGACCCGCGUCACGUGCCCCGCGGGGGAGCCCGGGGACCCGGGGGACGCGGGGGCCCAAGAGGGCGAUGGAGACCCAGAGCUGUUUGAUGGCUGCUGGCUGUCGGUGCUGGGUGCGUCCCCCUCGCCCCCCACCUCUCGCGCCCCCUUCUACUGGGAGGUGUCUGUGGACACGACCUCUGGGUUUUGCGUGGGGCUUGAGAAGGAAGGGGGCUCGUGCCUCCUGCGCUACGCGGGGGAGCCCAGCAGGCUGGAAUUGCUGGAGGAGGGAGGCCGUGUGAAGGAGCUGCUCGUGCCGCUGCUCCCCACUCGCCUGGGCAUCCUCUACCGCCCCCUGCGGAGCCUCCUGAGCUUCUACGACGCCCAGCGGGGCCAGCUGCUGGCGGGGGGUCCCGUGCCGCGGGGCCCGGGCUCCGCGCGCCCCGCGCUCAUCCUCGAGGGGCCCGGCAGCCUCCAGCUGCACACGCGGAUCCCCGUGCCGUCAUUCGCGGCGUGAGGGGGGGGGGUGCGAUGUGGUGUGGGGGGCACCCUGCGACCCGAGUUCUAUUCUCGCUCACGGCCAACACCAGUAACGAUUAUCUGAACCAGUUCUGGGCAUCCCCUAGAUCGACUUACUUGAGUACCCGGUGCAAUGUGUAUACAUUGCUAUUGGGGCAACGAAGGCGGCUGGGCGUGAUGCUGACCGCCCAUCCCCUCGUGUCAGUCUGCUGAAGCCGGGAGAUCUUCGUGUGAAUGUGCAGUGUGCGUGACGGGGUGGAGCAAUGUAGGAGUUGGGAUGUGCGGGCCGCAACAAGCCCGCUGUGCUGCAUGACUGUUGCGCGUGGUGAAUGCACGACCGCUUCGUUGCGUGUGAGUCGAUUCGUGUACACACUCGUGGUUUGAUGACGCGAAUUUCAAUUGUCCCCGUUGCUUGGCUGAACGAGGCUGAUAUUAUUUCUUUUGCUGCGGUGCUGUGCUCACUUACAAGGUCAGGGGGUCCUGUCGGGGCUCACCCCCCGGGUCGGGGUUAACACGCGGGGUCGCGCACGUCAGGAUCACUUUAGGUCCCGGCUCAGGGCAAUGGAGCUGAAUAAACACACGUGGCAGGGCAGCCAUCAACAGAGUCUGGCUUCUCUCUCCGGUACUCACUCGCUCACCCACCGGCGCUCAGUCGCCUCCGUGUCACUCUGCUAUCGCUCCUACCAGCGUUACUCCGGAUCUGGGUGAGAUCCUAGUGUAAUAAAGGUCGUGGAAGUGA